AAGAUAGCCAUACUUUUUCCAAAACCGAUUUCGCGAAUAAUUUCUAUGCAAAACUGCGGUUCCAUAACUUGUAUUUCACAAGCGAAUAUUGUGAGUUUUUUCAGUGAAUGUUGCAGUGUUUUAGUGCAUUUGAAGAGCUAUAGAAACAGUGGAAUGGUAAAUCUAUGUGGACUACUACGACGGGAGCUUAAUAGUCUAAAUAGUCAUCACUAAUGAGCGCGGGUGCACGGAUGAGGCGAGAAUGCGCGAGGAGGAGCUGGAGGUGGCGCUCAAGGUGGUGAUCGUAGGCGACGGAGGAGUGGGCAAGUCUAGCAUGAUACAGCGCUACUGUCGCGGCACUUUCACCAGGGACUAUAAGAAAACCAUCGGAGUCGACUUCCUAGAACGACAGAUUGAGAUCGACGGUGAGGAAGUGCGACUGAUGCUGUGGGACACGGCCGGUCAGGAGGAAUUCGACGCAAUCACCAAGGCGUACUACCGCGGAGCGCACGCUUGCGUCCUUGCCUUCUCCACUACAGAUCGAGAUUCGUUCCUUGCGUUACAUUCCUGGAAACUAAAGGUGGAAAAUGAAUGCGGAGAGAUUCCUACAAUUAUAGUCCAGAAUAAAAUCGAUUUAAUGGACCAAUGUGUAGUCGGACCAGAUGAAGCCGAGCUAGUCGCAAGGGCGCUGGGAUGUCGACUGAUGCGCGCGUCAGUGAAGGAAGACGUCAACGUGGGCGCAGUGUUCCGAGCGUUGGCUGCGCGCUGUCUCUCCGACAUGCGCCGCGACCACGCGACCGACUCGCCGCCUCCUUGUGUCGCGCCCGUCAUAGGUACAUUCACAAACCACAACAGCAACGGUACAAUCUUACUGCGACCCACGAAGCACCGGGCCGGCGGAAAGAAGAAAAACGUUCUUAAGAGCGCUUGCCGAAUUCUGUAAAACUAACCAAGGAAACAAGUUAUGUUAGAUAGUUAAAAAAGACAAUGAUUUUUAUCCAUAUUUUGAAGACUCACAGUGCAUACGAACGAGUGAAUUACUAUUCACCUUUACAGCGUUUUAUAACAAAAGGACUACUCGAUAACUAAGGGGUGGGAUGAGCGGGAUCCUCGCUAGAAGUUUAGCUCCAGGGCUCGAUGACAUCGGUGGUGGAAGAGGAGACGUCAAUCCUAACUUGGAUGCCCUACUGUGAGACACUGACUUCGACUUACUUUGACGCUUGGAUAGUCACCUUCAAUGCCCCCUUGACCGAGUAUAACCCACACUUCUAUGAUUGGAACAGAAUAGGUUAUUGUUGUUGUUGUUGUUGAAAUUAGCUUGCACACGUCCUGCGUGCAUCUCUUGAUAAAUGCCUAGACUCCGAUAAUGCAAGCUAAAUUGAACCUUAACACCAUAACAAUAGGCCUUAAACUGGCACAGACUUAAUAUAUAUAUUAUUGCUCACAGUACAAGUGAAUGUUUACUCGUGACAAGAGCAUGCACUUAAGACGAUUUUGUCGCCGUUAUUAAAAUACAAUUACAGGGGUUUUGGAGAUUUUUAUGCGUGUAAAUAUAUGUAAUUAGGUUAUUAGUUAAGCAGUCGUGUAAAAACUAUUUUCUACACAAACUAACCUUAUUCUAUACCAUUAUAAU